AUGUUUCUCCUUCAAGACAAAUCAGGAGAGGGAGGGGGGGUGGCUCGGAGAUGCGACGGGAAACGCUGCGGCUCCGGCAGCGGCGGGAUCCGGCGGGCUGACGGCGGAGGCCCGGCGAACUGGAGGGCGGCGGAGUCUCGAGUCAGUCAGAGGCGGGCGGUGGCGGCGGCUCCUCUUCUCAUUGCGCCAGGAGCAGCUGCAGGCGGCGGCUGGAUCCAGCGGCCAUGGCGGCGGCGGUGGCGGAGGCAGCUCCCUUCAGACCCCAGGCAGCGGAUCCUCGACUGCUCCCCAUACGCCGGGGACAUGGGAACCCGGCAACCGCUUCCGUCCCUCGGGGCCCCCUCCCCCGUCCGCGGCACCAGUGCGGCCGCCCUCCCGCCCCUCGCCUCUGCUCGGUGCCGGCUCAGGAAGUGUCCGCGCUUUGCCCCCAGCCCGGAGCCCUGUCAGCGGCUGCGGGGCCGGCUCCUCCUCGCUUCCUUCCUUCCUUUGUCACUCGGCCCGGGUGGCGGCGGCGGCAGCGGCAGCAGCAGCACAAUCCUGCAUUCGCCCGGGUCGGGGGCUGUUCUGUGUGAGGAGCGCCGUCUGCGCAGCCGCCUAGCUCUCCCCCACUCCCCCUCCCCCCUCCUACUCGUCCUCCGCCUCCUUCCUCCCCCACCCAGCCUUACACCGCCCAGCGCCCCGCCACCCGCGUAACAGGCGUCUGGGAAUCGCCGGCCGAGCCCCGCUCCCGCCCACUUAGGCUACGGGGCCGAAGCCCGAGCGGAGCCAAUCACGGACGUCGAUUGUUUGUGGCUCCUCCCGGAAAAAGCCGAUCGACCUGAGAAACCAAUUAGGAAGUGUCGCUGGAAAUCCACGCCCAAAAAGCGGAAAAUGCCGAAAAUAGCCGAACGAAAAGGUGGGUUCUCCUCGUUCAGUGGCUGGCUAGAACAGAAAUUCGACAAUGGCACCAGUGGCCAAUCAAAAUCGCCGGCCCUCACGAAAAAGCUUGAAGAGUUAAGGACGGUGAAACCCGGAGUCACUGGUGAAAUAGCACGGUCGGGCGCCGCGGCCGCUUUGUAAUUGGCCGAAAACUCCGCUGGGAGUGUACCUCCCUCGGUGAUUGGCGAAGCGAGGGGGGCUUCCGAGGACAGUCUGGCCAGUCAGAAUGUCUCCUCCCUCUCCAGGGUGGAGAGAAGAAGAAAGAAAAGGGAGGGCAUCUAUAAAGCGCCUUCUCAUUGGCCUGAACCCUUGUAGCUGGAGUGGGGGCAAAAGGGAAAAGGAGGGAGGCCGAAACCCGUAGCGGCAGCCAAUCGGCACUCACUGCCGUCCAAUCGCAAGACCUAGAUGCAGUGUGAUUGGCCUUCCGCCUCCGGCGGCGGUCCCAGGAGCGGAGGGAAGCUCGACUAGGGUCGUGGCGGACCUUGUGACGGGCUUGCCUGCGGCUGCUCUCAGCCGUUGUGGAAACCGCAGAUCAGGAGCGCAGGCACUGCGCAGCCGGUCCGAAACUGCUGCGGUCAGCGGCGCUGGGCUCGGAGCGCUCAAGCGAACGGAAUUUAGGGGCUCUCCCCACCCACGAAGAGGUUCUCUCCCCGGCGCGGCUAAAUCUGCGCGCCCGAGCCUCCCCUCCGCCCGGGAUAGCGCGUGCCGAGAAUCAGCGUCUUCCCUGAAAGGGCCAGACGGAACUAGGACGCCUACCCGGCCGGGUGCGAACUCUUAGUCGCUAAAAUAGUAACAAAGCUUUCAGAGAGGCAGCGCUUCUGGGCGCUCGCGCCCUGCUCAGCUGCGGGGGCCGUUGAUAGGCCGACCGCGCCUGGUGUGCGCAGCCAGGCCGGGCCUCCUGGAAACGCCCCUGAGAAAUGAGCUCAUGCUGGAUGCGCGCGCUUCUUGGGCGCGCCUGCCCAGCGCAAAGCGAGCCCCGAAAGCAGAAAAUACUCGGGUUUUGAGGGGAUGAAAUGAGACAGCACCUGUGAAAACGGUUUGGAUAUUUUGAAGGCCUGCACUCAUGUAGGAGCAUGGGUGAAGAUGAUUACUGGGAGAUAGCAAGAAGGGAGUCUUUAACAGCAAAUUCAUUGCAAAUUCUCAAUGCUUCACUGCUCAAUAAAGAAGUUCCAUUGCACACAAGUGUGGUACCUGCUAGGAUUCAUGAAGCUUGCUAGAAGAAAUCCUGGUUGCUAAAACAAAUCUCUAAGAAUUCUGAACAAAUUCCCAUAAGAAAAGAUGGUGCUGAGUGCUCUGGGACUCUGGGGUGUGUUUAUUUGCUUUGGUGAGUGUCUCUCUGACCUCUUUAGGUCAGUGGGAAAAGAACAAAGGCCUCUUUCUCUUCCUGAUUACAACACCAGGAAGCCCCAGGUAGCUGAAAUGAGAAUGCUUCAAGAUACAGGAAUAGAUACAUUCCCAUAGAGAAAAUAGGACAAACAACCAAUUAAGAGCUGAACACUGGAGGAAAGACCAACAGCCCUGGAAACCCAAGCAGUAAAGUGAAUGAGGCCUGCAAAAGAUUUGUAGUGAAUGUCAAACUUAAAUCUGGGUUGACAUCCCAGAUAAUUUGGUAAUAAUUAAUAAUGGAUGAAAUCUAGGUAGAUUGGGAUUCCAUUUGUACCUAAUUGUUCAUGUUUUAUUAUUUAAGAAUUAAUACAUGCAAGAGUGUAUAAUUAAAAGUCAAUCUACCCUUUUACCUAAUCACUGUAACCUUAAUCAACCAAGUCUGGGAGCCAGAGGCAACUAUUGUUACCAGUUUCUGAG